AUGACCCUGCGCGGUGUCUUCGUGGAGAUCGGCCUUCACGUGAUUCUGGUUGGGAACCUGUUGCUGUACUUCGAUGCGCUCUAUCUCGCCAUCCCGCUCCUGCUUCUGACGCUCGCCAUCGCGUUCGUGGGGCUUUUCGUCGGAUUCUGCUACACUGGAAGCCUCCUCACUACCUCGGUCGUGUCGAUCCCGUUCGUCGCCAUCAAGCUGCAGCUCAAGUGGCUCACGUUGCUGAGCUCGUACACCUUCCGGGGUUUCAAGCCGACGUUGCCCGAGUGGACGUUCACCCUUGAACUAGCGAUUGGCAUGACGCGCUACAUCUUCAGUGAAUACGGUCGGGUCAUCGUGAAUGAAAACGCUCAGCGGGUGCGAGGGCCGGUCAAGUCGUACGGCGAGAAGACUCUGGGGCCAAGUUGUCGUGAGCAUGGCACGGUCCCCGAGAAGUUGGUGGCCAACAACUUGGAGCACACGUGGCUGCGAGAUCCCGAGAAGAAGCAGCACCACGUAGUGGUCAUCCACUUCCAUGGUGGGGGCUACUGCGUCUCCGACCCAUUGCUGAACGUGGAGCUGGGGAACAAGACCCACACCAAGCUCAAACAAAUUCUGAAGAAGCAGUACAGUGUGGACGUGUCUGUGGACGUGCUGCUGGCGAGGUACCGCAUGGCCCCCGAGUAUCUGUACCCGACCGCCUUGAACGAUUGCUUCGACGUGUUCAAGUACGUCCUGGAACACGAGCAUAUCGCCGCGAACCACGUUGUAUUGAGUGGUGACAGUGCGGGGGCUGAGAUGGCCAUCACGAACUGUAUGCGACUGCGUAAGGAGAGCCCGGAACUGCAGCCCGCAGCAGCGCUGUGCUACUCGCCGGUCGUGGACUUUGCUAGCGUUGGCGCUGAGGAGAAGACUCCUUACUGUUUGUUGACUGACAGCUUCCUGGAUAACUGCAUUCCGUUGUACCUGCGCAACGUCACGGAUGCGGACCAACGGCGGAUGGUGUCCCCCAUUACCCACAGUCUCCGUGAUCUACCACCAAUCUUCCUUCAAUGGGGGACUUUGGAGCGGUUCUACGAGCAAGGACUGCGUUUCAAGGCGAAGGCGGAAGCGGAGGGCGUGGCAAACGUGGAGUUUGACUUCUUGCAGAACAUGGUGCACGAUGCGGUCAUGUUUCCGGCGUCGAUAUGUCCUACAGCGGAUAAAGGAAUCGGGAACGCUUGUGCAUUCGCUGCGAAGCAUCUCGCGCGGGUGCUGCGUGCUGACGCUGUAAAUGCUGGCCCCGAGUCGGGGCCCUAG